AUCUCGCGCACGGACAUGGAUGCCGUCGAUCGCAUCUCGCCUACAAAUUCCUAUCAUCCUAUGCCAACCUGCGCAACCUGGGUUUGUUUCUGGCCCACGACAUGGGAAUGCGCCGUACCUGGACAUGCCAAGAUCUUAAAUCCAGCUUGUGUAAGGUUCAGGUCCGUGCUAGGUUUUCAACCGAAGCGAGCGUCGAGCGAGAGGGAUCUUCUCCAGGGUUGGUUCUGGAGUCCGCCGUGGUUCUUUCUCGACCUCUUUCUCACUCCGUUGAUGCCGUUGUUGCUGGUUUCCCAAUCACUUUGGAUGUUCCCACAAGGAUCUCUGCUGGUUAAAGUUGUCUUCGUCCGGUUUAAGAGGUCUCUGGAGAAUGGUGCACUCUAGAAGCUUAUUCUCAACCACGUCAAGGUGCUCUCUUCAGUACAAACUUUUUAUUUAUUUAUUUGCCACACAUUUCAGACAAUCGUGUAGCUUUUUGUUUCAGAGCCCUAUGUUGGUGAUAAAUACAGCAGAUUAGAUCGUAAUUGGCGAGACUGAUGAACAUUUUUGCUGCUGCGGAUGUUGCUACGUAUCUGGGCUAACUUUGGGAACUAGUUGUGCUUUAAGGAAACCUUUGAUUUUAAUAAUGGACCAUGUAGAAUUUGAUUUUUUCCUUUACGCAGACUAGAUUUAAGUAGCCUUUUUCUAAUAAUGCUCCAAUGUUAGUUUUUCUUUGUAAGAAUUAUGUUGUCCAUGAUGUUGCGUGUUUGGGUUGUGGAAUAAAACAAUGAACUGAAUGAAUAUUCCUAAAGAUUGAAAUA